CACGUGACCGGAGCCAACAUGGCGGCGCCCUGCAGUCUCUACCUGCUCUUCGGCCGAGAUUUUCUCUACUAGAAUGCUCCAACUGAGAUUGGCCUCAGUGCCAGAGAAUUUGCCAAGCAUGCAUAAAGCCUUGGGGUCGAUCUCCAGCACUGGGCUGUGCUCAUCCAAGACCUGUGCAUCUCUCCUUUAGUCCUCCUUAACUCAAAAUCAGAGCACUUGGGUUAGUACCAAAAAGGAGAGGAAUAUUAAUGUAGCCAUUUUGGAUACAGAAAAAGUACCCAACUCGUACUUUCUCUGGUUACCUACUGAGACCAUUACCAAGCAUGGAAGCCAAGGACGUCUUUGCAAACAAGGGGAACUCUGAGACACUGAAGCCACAAAGCCCAACCAAUGACCUCUUUGGUUAGAAAAAAAAAUUGGCCUCCAGAACCCUCACCAUGGAAAAGGACAUGGCCCUUGACACUUGAUCUUCACCCACAGCAUGCAGGUUGUCAUAGAAUUUUCUCUUCACCACUCAGUCAUAUCUACUUACACAAGCAGUCAAGCAGUCAACAAAGACGAAAUUUCUUUUCCCGGAGACAAAGAGAUGUUUCCCACAAUAUAGUUUUGCCGGCUGCAGUUUCUCCCGCACAUCCAGUCCCUAAGCACAUAAAGAAGCCAGACUAUGUGACGACAGGCAUUAUGCCCGACUGGGGAGACAGCAUAGAAGUUAAGAAUGAAGAUCAGAUUCAAGGGCUUCGUCAGGCUUGUCAGCUGGCCCGUCACAUCCUCCUCCUGGCUGGGAAGAGUUUAAAGGUUGACAUGACAACUGAAGAGAUAGAUGCUCUCGUUCAUCAUGAAAUCAUCAGUCAUAAUGCCUAUCCCUCACCUCUAGGCUAUGGACGCUUUCCAAAAUCUGUCUGUACCUCUGUAAACAACGUGCUCUGUCAUGGUAUUCCUGACAGUCGACCUCUUCGGGAUGGAGAUAUUAUCAACAUUGAUGUCACGGUCUAUUACAAUGGCUACCAUGGAGACACCUCUGAAACAUUUUUGGUGGGCAAUGUGGAUGAAUGUGGUAAAAAGUUAGUGGCGGUUGCCAGGAGGUGUAGAGAUGAAGCAAUUGCAGCCUGCGGAGCUGGGGCUCCCUUCUCUGUAAUUGGAAACACAAUCAGCCAGAAGUUCCACCAGGACCCAGAGAGCAAACUGUGGCGGGAGAAUGCCCUCAAAUAUCAUCAGUUAUUUAGUAAUUGCACAGCUUCUUUUUUGAGGAGGAAUGAGAGGUAUGAUGGGGGGGGAAUCCAGAGGGUUUUCAGAGUGUGCUUUCUUCCUCUCCUCUCAUUGGAAAUUAAAAUGAAGAUUGCCAUUGUAAGACACAUUUAAGAUGUAGCUGUGAAGGCUGCCAAUCAGUUGGGUCUUUUAAAAAAAAAUCUAGUUGUUUUUAAAGAAAAUACUAGAAUACUUUAUAUUAGAUGCUUUUCAAAUAAUUGUGGUUUGUUGAGACUGAACUAACGUAAUUUAUAGGUUUAGGAAGAACCCAUUCUUAAAAUAAAAAAAAAAAACUAAACUGUAAUGAGUUAUUUAGUCAUCUCUCUUCCACCCUCUAUCCAUGCUCCAUCCUGUUUGUUUUUGUUUUGUUUUGUUUUGUUUUGUUUUUUCUCAGAAAUUGUGUGGAACAAGUAGAAACACCUUGGAAAAGAUAUCAUACCUCCUUUCCAAAAUACAAAGUCCUACAAAAUAGUCAUGGCUAUAAAGCACAGCUUAAGAGAUGAAAACUUUGGCUCGUUCCUUUCCUUAGCACUUACACAGUUCACCUAUUUCUAUCCUAUCCGUUACAUCAAAAUUAAAUUUCACUGAGAAGCUGCACGUGCUGGUUACAGGGACAUCCUUGUCCAAGUGAAAUCUUACGAAUCUGGGAGUACUCAAAAAAAGUUUUUAAAAGUGAAAUUGGGCACGAUGACACUUGCCUAUAAUCCCAGCA